AUGAGUCCUCCAUGGCCACCACUGAUUAUUCAUAAAAUCGCAUUUCGAGCACCGUCCAGAGGAGAGUACUACUUCUUGGUUGGAGGAGAGAAAGAUCAACGGCAAGCGUUUUUUACUGCUUCGGAUGCUGAAGGCGUUAAGAACUUGCAGAUAUGUCUCCCACAUCUAUUACGAAAAAAAGUGAAAGCAGUCGAUAUUUACUACCACAUUCUUCGAUGCAAGGCGCGACAUAGCCGACUUUCUCAAUGCGAUAUGCUUGUAUUUGACUAUGCUGGUUAUGGUGUCAGUGAUGGAAAAGCCACAGAACAAAGCGUCUACGAUAGUGUUGAAAGAGUCUACAAGUACGCGAUCGAAGACUUAGGCUAUGCCCCUAAAGACAUUGUUCUAAUAGGAUUCAGUUUGGGUACAGCCGCUAUGGUGCACAUUGCAUCGAUAACACCCGAUCUUGGCGCCAUGGUGCUUAUAGCUCCGUUCACCUCACUAUGGCGAGUUAUCCUUCGCCGUCCAAAUAUCACGGAAUCGUCUCGCCUGGACAUGUUUCCAAAGUGA